AUGGCGGUCAACGGCGACAUAAAUCACCUCGGCUGGUGGUCCGAGCAGCUGAAGGAUCUCACCGUCUCACCACUGACAAGAGAUUACCCCGAGGUAGCAUCGGAGAACGUCCCCAAGAGGGCAAUUGAGGCAGUAGAAUCCCUAGCAGCGGACGAGGAAACCAACGAGUCCAUCAAGACGCUCGCGAAGAAUACGACUCCCACAAAUGUUAUGCUUACGGCUCUCGUUAUCCUCGCCGCGCGACUCACCGGUGACGAGGACAUUAGUCUUGGCGCCAACGAUGCACCUAAUACUGACCCUUUUGUCUUGAGGCUGUUCCCAGCAGCCUCCGAAUCAUUCGAGGCUCUCGGACAGAAGGUCAGCAGCACCUCUGACGCAGCGAAAGAGAGGAAGGUGGCUUUGGAUGCAUUGCAGUCUCAUCUCAAGGUCUCUGCAUUGUUUCGAUUUGCGGCCUUCAACUCCAGCGCCGAUGCAGCGCUUGCGGGAGUUACAGUUGAAUCCACAGACUUGCUAAUUACCUAUACAUUCUCGCAGUCUGGCAGCCUGUUUCUUUCUGCGAGGUACAACCAGCGACUCUUCUCCAGCGCCAGGAUGGCGGGCAUACUAGCCCAGAUCACGGUACUUCUGAGGAACGCAGCUCAAGAUCCUGUCAAGGCCAUAGGGGCUAUCGACUUCUGCACUCCGGAGCAAGAGAUGCUGCGUACAGACCCCACGUCGGACCUAGAGUGGUCCUCGUUCAGAGGGGCAAUCCACGACAUCUUUGCUGCCAACGCUGAGGCACAUCCUGAUCGAACGUGUGUGGUCGAGACGAAAUCAGAGGAUGCUCCCGAGCGUGUGUUCAAUUACAAGCAGAUCAAUGAGGCUUCUAACAUUCUUGCACACCAUCUUGUGCAGUCCGGCCUAGAGAUCGGAGACGUUGUCAUGAUUUACUCCUACCGAGGUGUGGACCUCAUGGUCGCUGUUAUGGGCAUCCUAAAGGCUGGUGGUACCUUCUCUGUGCUAGACCCUGCCUACCCUCCUGAUCGUCAAAAUAUCUACCUUGAGGUCUCAAGGCCACGGGCACUUGUUAUCAUCGAGAGAGCCACAAAAGAAGCCGGACAGUUGGAUCAAAAGGUGCGCAGUUAUAUCGCUGAAAAUCUCAGUCUCAAGACAGAAGUGCCAGAACUCUUCCUUCACGAUGAUGGGAUUUUGACCGGCGGCAACGUUGACGGCAAGGACAUCUUCGAUUCCGUACAGUCAUUGAGGGCCAAAGGCGCCGGCGUGGUAAUUGGGCCUGACUCUACUCCUACUCUAUCCUUUACCUCGGGAUCAGAAGGCAAGCCCAAAGGUGUGCGAGGUCGACAUUACUCUCUAGCGUUCUAUUUUGACUGGAUGGCCAAGACCUUCAAACUUUCGGACAAGGACAAGUUCACGAUGCUGAGCGGCAUCGCCCACGAUCCUAUUCAAAGAGACAUGUUCACGCCGCUGUUCCUGGGCGCACAACUGCUCGUCCCAGCCAAGAACGAUAUCCAGAACGAGCGACUAGCUGAAUGGAUGGCUGAGCAUGGUGCGACGGUAACACAUCUUACCCCUGCCAUGGGUCAAAUUCUUGUUGGGGGUGCUGUCGCAAAGUUCGACAAACUGCAUCAUGCAUUCUUUGUUGGCGAUAUUCUCAUCAAGCGUGACUGCAGAUCGUUGCAAAAUCUUGCCCCAAAUGUCAACAUUGUGAACAUGUACGGGACUACAGAGACUCAGCGAGCGGUAAGCUACUACGAAAUUCCAUCAAGAACCCAACGAGAAGGCUUCCUGGAUGGUAUGAAGGAUGUCAUCCCCGCUGGGCGUGGAAUGUACAAUGUGCAGAUGCUGGUGGUAAACCGCUUCGACACUUCGAAGCUGUGUGCUGUAGGCGAAAUUGGCGAGAUCUAUGUUCGAGCAUCAGGUCUAGCAGAGGAAUACCUCGGUACACCAGAUCUGACGGCUAAGAAGUUUGUGAAGAAUUGGUUCCCAGGUCACGAGAAGGGCAUCGAAGAGGAUAAAGCGCGUCUCCAAAAGCUCAAAGAUCAGCUUUGGGCAGACCCGAAGCUCUACUUUGGGCCUCGAGAUAGACUGUACCGGAGUGGCGACCUCGGCAGGUACACGCCAUCCGGUGACGUGGAAUGCUCGGGCCGUGCAGACGACCAGGUCAAGAUUCGAGGGUUCAGAAUCGAGCUAGGUGAGAUUGACACACACUUAUCUCAACAUCCACUCGUGAGAGAAAACAUCACCCUUGUGCGGAGAGACAAGUUCGAGGAACAGACUCUUGUCAGCUACGUUGUCCCACAAAUCAAAUCAUGGCUGAUGUUCUUGAGAGAGCGUGCUCUUGAAGACCAGCAAGAUGACGGUACACUCGUCGGCCGCUUCGAAAGAUUCAAAUUACUCCAGCAAGCUGUCGUCGAGCACCUCAAGACGAAGCUACCAGCAUACGCAGUUCCUUCCAUCAUUGUACCAAUGAGAGCCAUGCCUCUCAAUCCCAACGGCAAGAUCGAUAAGCCAAAGCUGCCUUUCCCAGAUACUGCGAUGCUCUCAGCAUCAAGGAGAAGGAGAUCUUCUACAAUGGCACGACUCUCAGAGGCUGAGCUGACCUUGGCUGGUGUCUGGGCUAAACUCGUGCCUGGAUUGACGCCGAAUACUGUGAAGCCAGACGAGUCUUUCUUCGACAUUGGAGGCGACAGCAUGAAAGCACAACAGCUUGCGUACAUGAUCAGAAGAAACCUCGGGGCUGAUCUGGCCAUCAACAGAAUCUAUAGCAAACCCACGUUGAAGGACAUGGCUGCGACCGUCGACAGGUUGAAGUCAGCAGAAUCACUGACCGGCCAGGAGGAGGAUCUCAAGACUCAUUUGGGAAUGGAGUACGGCAAAGAUGCCCUGGAGGUGGCCAAGCAGCUUCCAGUCUCCUUCAAAGAGGUUGGAGACACUUCCAGCCCUGUGGUAUUUUUGACCGGUGCUACUGGCUUCCUCGGUUCUUUCAUUCUGAAAGACCUUCUUGAGCGAACAUCACCAGCCAUCUCUAAGGCUAUCUUGCUUGUUCGGGCGAAAGAUGCAGAAACGGCGUUCAGCCGAGUCAAGAUGACGUGUGCUGCUUAUGGCGUGUGGCAAGAAGCAUGGGCCAGUCGCAUACAAUGUGUCACUGGCAGUCUCGGACCGGCCAAGUUCGGUCUAUCUGAUGAGGACUGGUCAGCUUCUGCGGACGCGGACGUUGUCAUUCACAAUGGUGCUCAAGUCCACUGGAUCAACACCUAUGAUAUGCUUAAGCCACCCAAUGUUCUCGGCACAGUUGAAGCCAUCAAGCUCUGCGCAGAGGGCAAGCCAAAGAGAUUCUGCUUCGUCUCAUCCACCAGUGUCCUUGACAGCGAUCAUUUUGUGCAUGAGUCUGAACGUAUUAUUGCAGCUGGAGGAGAAGGCAUCUCCGAGGAUGAUGAUCUCUCUGGCAGUAAGACGGGCCUCGGUACUGGCUACGGUCAGACAAAAUGGGUUUCCGAAUAUCUUUCGCGCGAGUCAGGCCGUCGCGGUCUAUCUGGUUGCGUUGUUCGACCGGGCUACGUGCUAGGGGACUCCAAGACUGGCGUGACAAACACUGAUGACUUCUUGAUUCGCAUGCUGAAGGGCUGCGUACAACUUGGCGCACGUCCAAAUAUCAAUAACACAGUCAACAUGGUGCCCGUCAACCACGUGGCGCGAACGGUCGUCGCCUGUGCUUUCCACCCACCUACCACUGGUGUUGGCGUGGCACAGAUCACUGGCCACCCCCGGCUACGCUUCAACCAGUUCCUGGCGGCACUGCAAACGUAUGGCUACAGCGCUAAGCUUACCGACUACGUUCCGUGGGCCUCCAGCCUUGAGCACUACGUGUCGUCGAAUGCAGACUUUGCCUUGAUGCCCCUUUUUACCUUCGUAGCUAAUGAUUUACCGUCGAAUACCCGAGCACCGGAGCUAGACGACAGCAAUGCAGAGGCCGCGUUGUACGCAGACAAGGACUGGACAGGUGAAGAUGUGAGUGCUGGAAGCGGAGUUACGAAGAACACGAUCGGCCUCUACCUGAGCUAUCUAGUGGCUACUGGUUUCCUUCCGCCUCCCACAAGAGAAAAAGCGGAAGACUCAGAGCAGCCCGUCAAGAAGCUGCCCAAGGUCGAUGUCGGCGAGGCGCAGACAAAAGCACUGAAGAGUGUGGGGGGUAGAGGUGGCACAGCUUAG